GUCGCGCUCGUGCCGAUUCGUUUUGGCGGGACGGGGAUUCGGUGCAGAGGGAACUGCACGCCGCCGCUGUUUGUGUCCCGCUGAUAUCGUACGCAUGAAUUCAUUGUAAGCAAGCAAACUCUCUGGACCCGUUUCGACGUAGGAUGUCUUAUCGCUUAAGCCCCGUCGACUCAGCCUCAAACGAGCAACUCGUGUGGUGUGUGAACAUCGCCACUGGGGAGACAACGGCGGCCGGGCGUGGUGAAUCCAAGCCCCGGGCGAAGCCGGAUUUAAUUGGACAGAAAUUACCUGCAUUCUUUGGUGUGAUAUGGACCAGAAAUGCACAGAGAGUAUAUCACCAUCCCUGACCGUGGAGAGUGAGAUUCCUGCCAAAAAAGCCAGACAAGAUCCACAAUGCAUUAUACACUGCAGCGAUGAUAACACCAAAUUGAUAUGUCCUCAAACAAUGGAGUCAUGGCAGACCCUCAAGAGAGCUGGCGAGGUCCGCAAUAACACAAUGAUAUUGGCCAUUACAGCAAAUUCUACAGAAGGACAAAUACCAAACGUGCAUUACCACAGGAAAUGCAGAAGCCUUUUCACCCUCAAAAGAGACCUUGACAAGAUAGCGUCGAACAAAAGCCAAGAAGGAAAUGUUUUAAGUGAAGAAAGAAAAUCAGCUCCAAGUAGUGCAUCGCAAGUGCUUGAAAAGGAAUGCAUAUUCUGUAGAAAGGAAGAUAAAUAUCUAAAAGGUGUAAAAUCAAGAGAACAAUUAGCUCAAGCAUGUCAAUUAAGGAUAAACAGUACAAUUAGGAAAGCUGCAGAAAUAAAAGAAGACUCAAGAAUUCUGGCUAUUCUAAGUUGCGAACUUGUUGCCGCAAAGGCUCAUUAUCACCGAUCCUGCUACAAAUCGUACACAAAACCAAUAAAAGAGCCCAGGGCCACGCCAGAGAGUGAAGAUAAUGAAGAUACUUAUACAAGGGCAGAGUCCACAGCUUUUGUGAAUCUGUAUAACUUCAUCAGAAAUGAUAUGUUUGUCAAUAACAGUGUUAUGGAGUUGUCAGAACUCACUGGUAUGUUGGUAGGAUGGAUGAAUACAUUGGGUGUGCACGAUGUCAAACCAUCUACAAAGAAACAUAUACGUAGAAAGAUUACUGCAGAAUUUGCAGACUCUUUGUGCAUGGUACACACUAAAGCAAAGAAGGUAUUAGUAUACCCUGAUAGUUUGACACGCGACCAACUUGUACUUGCAAACUAUGAACUUAGAACUGAAGUUAUUGCAUUGAAAGCUACCGGUUCAAAUGUUACCGGGAGUGAAUUGAGCAGAAAUUCAUCUUCAAACGCCUAUCAUGGAGCAAUCUAUGAUUCAGCCAUGGCCACGUAAUUAUUUAUAAUUUCACGAGUAGAAAAUAUCAAUACCACCACCUGUUGACACGUUUCUGCAAGAUUGGCUCAAUGCAGGUGAAUCAGAACUUACCUAGAGAUGAACCUGGUUCAUGAGCUCUAUUGCUCAGGAUGUGAUGUUUGGUAUGAGCAGAGAUAGAUACAGUUCUAAGCCCAGCUGGCUAGUGAUGGGUUCUUGAGAAAAGUGGACAUUGAAUUUCUGUUAUAUACAUGUAAAAAACAUGCAAAAGGGGACUUGCAAAAUUCACACAAAUGGUAACAAAUUCUCAGAACUACGCAUAUGAGCUGCUUCUAAUAACCAACUGAUGAUGGAAAAGACAUCAAAAUAUAAAAUUAUGAGGAAUCAUUCUAAUUAUUUAUAAUAGCCAUCAGAAAUUAUGUUAUAAUUAUAGAAAAAUGUGGAUGAAGUUUGUAUUUACAUCAUCUUUGGCCAUGGUACUGAAGUAUCUAACGGUGUUUAAGUACAAUAAACAAAAAUAUGACAUUCUUAUAUACAUCUAGUAACUACCUCUCAUUUACAUACGUGUUGUUCAUUGUGAAUUUAAGUUCAUUGUUGCUUGAAAACAU